CCUACUGCGUACACCGAAAUUCGUAAAUUGGGGGCAUCUUUUAUUUCUCUGUCACUCUACGUACGCCUUAAUUGGAGUAAAAGAGAAUGAUUCCUCAAUUUGCGAAUUUCGGUGUUUGCAAUAGGCCCUCCUCUGCAAUUCAAAAUCAAAUUUUGCAAAAGAUGUAGCGCGGUGUGCGGUGUUGUUUACUUGUAUUUCCUUGAAUUUCUGUUUUUAUUAGAAGACUAAGAUUAAAAUCGAUUUUAUUUCAAUGAAAACUCUGUCACAAGAUGGAAUUAGAACAUAUCCUCGGCAUCCAGGUUUUAUUUCUAGGCGGCAUUACUGCCGGAUAUCAUUCUUUAAACAUGGACAUCUCAACAAUACAGAAAUAUGUGAUAUUAUUAGCCCGCUUCACCGCCUGCCUACUAUCCAGCCAAUUCCUGGAGCUCCUGAUUCACACGAUCUACACUGCCUUCCAAACCAGGAGCCUCCCCGAGCUCUGCUGGAGAGACAAGUACAGGAAUGCCGUCUAUGCCUUCGGAGUAUCAACGGCUGUGCUGGCAAUGAAUAAUCAUUUGGUGCUGGAGUUGGAUGUGGUUUUGAUACUGAUGGCUUGCUCUGUUGCCAGAUAUAUUGAAGCGAAACACCGUUCAGCAACGAUAACGUACGGGGAAGGUAUGGCCUGCAGUUUCGCAGAGGGCUACCUGUACCAAGUGAUCCCGAGCGACGGAGCCAGAUUCUACGGCCUAGAAGAACAAAUUCGCGAAGCCGAAGCCGACCAUGGCGUCUUCUUCCCAGUCCGGAGACUCUUCAUAGUGGUGACCAAGUCUCUCUUCUGUCCGCCCAACCUGGAGCAUUUUAACAAGCGGGACCCGUUGCUGCCCAGCCUAGAAGCCUGCAGGAGUCUGGCCGACGUGCAAAGAGAUGUCGCGGGAGUGCGGGACCGCAUAUACAGAAAUACAACAUACAAGAUUCGCCGCCACCCCGACGACCCUAGGCCCGUGCACGUGGUGGCAGAAUGCGCUACACCUCUCCACACACUUUGGAAGGUACUUCAGCGGCGCACCGUCUACCAACGUCUAGCGGCAGCGGACGGCGAUGAGAUAACCGCGGAGUUCUGCGCCACACUACCCGCCAUCGUUGCCAAUAGCCCCGAGCUACGCGGCAAGAUUGACCUCGUCUACUACGACGACACGAAUCCAGAUGAGAACUUGGCAGAAGUUCUGCUGGCGAAGAUUCGGGAAAUUGAACCCGACUAUGAAAAUAUCAACCGGAACGAAUAACCACGCGUUUAAGAGGAAAGAGGCGAACGCGUCUCCAUACAAACGUAGUCCCCAUUUUCUUCUCUGGACAUUUAUGUAAUUAAUAAUUGUGACGUCAGACGGGUUAAAACCUUACUGCGUUUGGCGCUUACGACGCGUAGCAGCUUAUUUGUAUAGGAGCUUAGGAGCGACGUGAUUAACAGCGUAAGCGCCAGCCGCCUUGAGAUGCCCUUUCCCGUAGAACGUCACAAUUAUGUGCUUAUAGACAAUAAAUUGUGUAAAAAUAUUUUCCGAAAUGUAACAUUCAGAGAGGAAAAUGGGGACUACAUUUGUAUGGAGGAGUGUGUCCACUAUCCUCUAAAUGGUAUAGAUAGAAUAGAUAUAUAGUCGACCAUUUGUAAAACUGAUACCAUCAUUUGUAGUUGUUAGUUUGGGUAGGUAGAAUCGUACUGAAAUAUUCCGUGCCAAUGAUAAUUAUAGGUACAUGCAAGAACAUUUAAGCUAUAACACAUACUAUUCAAGUCGGCUUCCCUAUAAAAAUGAUGGUGGUAAGUAUGUUUUUUUUUAUUUGUUUUGAAAUUCCAUUCCAAGGUAAACGCUUUUAUAUUAUGACAAUUUUACUAAAAAUUAUAUUACUCUAUAGUUAUAAGACAAAUGAUUGUUACUAUGAUUAGUGUUUUAAGUAUAAGUGUGUUAUGUUAAUAAUUACUUUUUGUACUGUAGAUGGGUAUUUGAAUACCAUCUCAGUUUUAGAGUACAAUACAUAUAAGAAUCAUAAUACUGUAUUUUUGGAGUAAUUUAUCGUUGAUACGUUUUUUAUGAGAAUUUGAAAUUUAUAUUUAAAGUUAGAUCAGUAAUGGCUUUGGCUGUUCGAAGUAUUUUAUAGAUGGCGCCUGCAUAGGUUUUGCCUGUCAGUCAUACGAAUAGUGCCAAAUUCUAGUUAGUUUUAAUGUUAUGGCCCUUUAAGCCAGAACAAAAGUAGCGUCAGAUAUAACCAAUGCUGGCAUCUAUCAGAACCUUCGACAGCGCUAAGCUGAGUUGAUUAUUGUGCUGUAGUCUGACCAAGUUAACUUUGCACCGGACGUGACAAAGUGUGUAAGUGCCUUGACAUAUUCAUAGAUAUUUUAUGCGUUUUAUGCUGACACAUCACUUAUGCAUAGCAAUACGUAGAAGUAAAAUGCAAAUCUUUACCGUUUCUAACGUAGUUGCGUUUUUAAUGAGCCACUGUUGUCAGUUACUAAGUUAAAGUAAGGUGUGUGAAGCGCUGCUUGGUCCGAGUUAAGGAAUGAUUUAGCAUGAACAAACAACAUCAAUAAGUUUAAGACCUAUGCACAAUAGACGAGUCCACACAGAACGAGUUGCCUCGCGAGAAAAUUGCCGCGCGGGGCGCUCGGUUGGUAGAAACGUGACUCGCCCGAGGCAAUGCGGCCGAUAAAAUGGCAGACGGUGAAAGUGAAAGCGACAGUGUUCAAAAGCUCUAGAGCUUUUUCUGGGUCUAUUAUAAUUAUCAGCGCCAAGCUUUUAGCAUACGUAGUCGACUCAAAUGUGACAGUGUAAACACACCCUUAGAUUAUCAAAGAAUUUAUUAAGAUUGAAGAUUAAUAGUAGUUUCGCUAAUUCCGGAUCAAAUCCGGCUAGUCUUUAAAAAGUGGAUUGGCUUUGAAAAUUAUCUUUAGUGAUUAAAGUAAUUACUAUGGCAGUGGAAAUUUUAAUGAUGUUACUUGGAAAUUAACAGUUCUUUUUGUUUGUAUGGCGUGUACUCAGAGUACAAAAGCAUUUAUUGAUUAAAUUUUAUAUUUUUCUAAUCCGUAUUUUUUUUAUUUACCCUCAAAUAGCUGUUAUAGUCUGUCAAACAACUUUGUCAGUAGAAAAAAAGCGCGAAAGUCAAAUUUUCUAUGGAAGAUGACCCUUCGCACCCACAUUUUUUAAAUUUGCCGCUUUUUUGUACUGACGGAAAUGGCUUGACAGACUAUAGAUACCAUCAAGUUAUAAAAUAAACCAGAACGAAUUAUCUAAGAUCUUUCGAGGGUUCAAAUACAAAUUAAUAAAAUCAAAAUCUUUCCU